AUGUUUCUAAUUUUCUUACACUCCUGUUCUAUCUCUCAUUUUAUUUUUCUUUCCUUUUCCCAACAGUCCACGUCUUCAAGUCUCUCACUUUCUCUCUCUCUCUCUCUCUCUCUCUCUCUCUCUCUCUCUCUCUCUCUCUCUCUCGGUUUCUUUCUUCAUCCUUCUCUCUCUCCAUCCUUGCCAGUUUUCUCUCUCUCUCUCUCUCUCUUUUCUUCAUUACUUUAUUUCUAUCGCUUUCUUUUUUUAGUCUUCCUUGUCUCUCUCCUUCCCUUUCUCUGCCUCUCUACUUUUUGUUCCAUCUUUUUGUCUAUGUCUCUCUAUCCUUCUUCCUUUUUCCUUUCUCUAUAUCUAUCUCCUUCGUUCUUAUUUUGCUUUUCCCCUGCCCUCCCUCCGUUUCUCUCUCUCUCUCUCUCUCUCUCUCUCUCUCUCUCUCUCUCUCUCUCUCUCCCGGUGUCUCUUUAG